AUGCCCCAGCGCGUAACCCUGCCCUGGCAGUCCGACAUGCAGCUGGCCGGCAAGCUGGUCCUCUCCGCCGCCGCCCUGCUCCUCCUGACGUUGGCGUACAGGUUUUAUAAGUCCCGCUCGCUUGUUGGGGCCAAAAUCCCACCGUCCGACGCGGGAGGAGAGCAGAGGGAAAACGCUGACCAGGAUGGGGAUGGCGAGGUGGGUCUGCGAAGGAGGAGGGUGUUUGGUGAGGAGGCGAGGAGGGACGGUGGGGAUGGACAAGCGAGCGGGCAAGCGAGCGACCCUGGGACGCUGCGCGCGCCUCUCCGGGGGGAUCCAAGUCUGCCAAGGGGGGAGAAGGAGGAGAAGGAAGGAGGGGAGAUGGUUUCUGAAUGGGGGGUGACUCACAGCAGAGCGAGGAUGGCCAGGAGGAAAAGUGGGCUGGGAAGUGAGCUAGGAAGCAGGCUAGGAAAUAAGCUGGGAAGCAAGCUGGGAAGUGAGCUGGAAAGUGAGAUGGGAAGCAAGCUAGGAAGCGAGCCGGAAAGUGCGAUGGGAAGUACGCUAGGCAGCGAGCCAGAAAAUGAGCUGGGAAGUAAGCUAGGAAGCGAGCCAGAAAAUGAGCUGGGAAGUAAGUCUGGAAGCAAGCUGGCAAACAAACUAGGAAGCAAGCUGGGAAAUGAGCCAGGAAGUGGUCCAGGAAGUGAGUCUGGAAUUAAGCUGGCAAGCCAUCCAGAAAGUGAGCCAGGAUGCAAGCCAGGAAGCAAGACAGGAAGCGAGCUGGGAAGCAAACUAGAAAGCAAGCCAGAAAGUGAGCUGAGGAGCAAGCUGGGAAGUGAUCCUGGAAGCAAGCUGGGAAGGAAGCUGGGAAGCGAGUCAGGAAGCGAGCUGAGCUCUUAUGACCCUGGUGACAUAGCCGAAACACCGAGCUGCCAGGGGGAGAAGGGCACGCUUGUCCCAAGCAGCGAGCUUUCUCCUGGGAUUGCUAAUGCCCAGAUGGUAGGUGACGGAUGCCCCCAAAGCAUGGAGCAGGAUUUGGCCGGCAGAAGCAUGAGCCAGGAGGCUGAGGGGCACAGGGGGAGAAUCCAGACCCUCAGUGUCACCUCAGACCUGGGGCUGACAAUGACGGUGAGCAGCGCGGCGUCGGAUGCUUCCUACUCUUUCUCAUCGGUCGCAAAGAUCCAGGUGGAGGAGAACUAUAUUGCCAAGUGGCAGGCAAAGGACAGGGAUGGGCAGCCGGUCCCCGGCCUCAAAGGCAAAGUCUAUGACUACUACGCCCAGUCCAUCUCCCAGUCGGUGUUGAAGAAGAAGUCUCUCCCCUGCAUCCCUCUGGGAACAUCCCAGCGCCACAGCUUGGAGAAGGUCAAUGAAGAGCUGCAGAGCUUUGCAACCCAGGACCCAGGCCCACCUCCAGCAACACAGGAUCCCACCACCUCCAUAGUUCUACCACCUAUGGGGAGCUUGGAGAUCUCCCCUGAGUCACCAUCUCCUGGCCGUAAGGACAGCAUCCUCCAGAUUGCCGACAGCCCCCACCUCCAGCUGCCCAUGGAGGGUUUUGGGGUCAUAGCGCCAGCUGGCACCCCACCUGCAAACCCCCAGUCAGGGCUGGUGGCCAGUGCUGACCUCUGCCAAAUGCCAUCACCCACCCACCUAGACCUGGGGAACUGCUACGAGGUCCUCCGCAUGGCCAAGGCACAGAAGCUCAGCCAUCUCCAGCAGGCCGCCUACAAGGUGAUGAGCGACAACUACCUGCGGGUGCUGAGGACACCCUCCAUCUACAGCCGCCUCAACGCCAGCGAGCGGGAGCUCAUCCUGCAGCGGAGGAUGAAAGGGAAGAUGUACGUGGCUGUGGCAGACGUCAACGUGCAGGAGCCCGGCCUAAACACCAGCCGCCUCUUUGACAGAGGGGACUGCUGGCAUCACCUCUGCUACGUGCCGCCAGAGGUGGUCUCCCGGGGGUGCGCCACGUGCAGCAUGUUCAACUAUCUCUUCGUGGUGGCCGGCUGCGUGGGCACAGGCUGGACGCAGAGACCCUCCAACCGCGUCUUCUGCUAUGACCCCUUGACCAACAUCUGGGGGGAGAUCAGUCCCCUGAACCAAGCACGGCCACACUGCAAGCUGGUGGCCUUGGACGGCCACCUCUACGCCAUCGGCGGCACCGUGGAGCGCUACGACCCGCGGCAGGACCGUUGGACCUUCACCGCCCCCCUGCCCCACAACACCUUCGCCGUGGCCCACACGGCCACGGUGUGCGACGGGGAGAUCUAUGUGACGGGGGGCACCUUGCGCUACGUUCUGCUGCGUUACAUCGCCCGCUCGGACACCUGGACGGUCAGCCCAGCCGGCGGCAGCAAGAACAGAACGGCCGAGAUGGUGAGCACCAAUGGUUUCCUCUACCGCUUUGACCUCCGCCGCAGCACGGGCAUCGAGGUCUACCGCUGCAGCGCCAAGGCCAAGCUGUGGUACGAGUGUGCCACCUACACCGUGCCCAACCCAUCCAGCUUCCAGUGCGCUGUCGUGGGCAGCCUGAUCCACUGUGUCGGCUGGCACUUCCACGUACGCCUCUUGGCCGACCACAUCUCGCCACGCUUCGGGACCAAGGAGCUGCAACCCUUCCCAUCACCCCGCGGCAGCCUCCUCCCCGCCGUCCUGGUUCUCCCAGAGGGAAGGACAGCACAAACGCAGGUUUGA